UUCUGAAAUAUAACUUUCCGCGAUGUUGCUUUUAUUCGUUCUCACUAUCUUCCUUGUGUUCCCUGUUACUGAAACAGUGGACGGAAAGUACACUGCUUUGCAGUUUGGGACUACUUUUAGUGACUACAUAAGCUUUAAUCACGACAUGAGCCCGUUUCAUACAUCAUUGACCCUCUGCUCUUGGGUUAAGCGAGUAUCCACCUCAUCCUCCUUUCCGACGGUGUUCCACUACCAGACGAGCUCCAGUACUUAUGAGAUACUGAUUACAUCUUACGGGGAAUACAACAGAAUACUAUAUGAUAGGGUUUUGGACAACUUACAGAGUAAAUUCACUACCCCGGCCGGACAAUGGUUCCACUAUUGUCUGACUUGGUCCUCCUCCUCACGGACUACGCAGCUCUACCUGGACGGGGAACUAGCAGCUAGUGGCCAGACUUCAUCAGGAAGAGAACUGUACACCAGCGGGACUGUGUGGUUUGAUAGAUUCGGUAACCAGGAUAGUAAUGGUGUUGUUUUUAGAGGCCAAUUAUACAGAUUUAAUAUGUAUACAGAGGUGCUGAGCUCGGAGACAAUAAAAAGAAUAGCAGACGGUGGUUUGUGUGCUGAAGUAGAGACUAUCAGCAGCAGACAACUACGCUGGGAGGACGUACUGGCAAAGUCAAGAUCUGGGUCUGUGGUUGAGGUCACCGGGUGUGAUAUAACGGAAUAUCGGGAAUUCAUGGAGAGUCGAUUAAAUGAAAAGGAGGUGCAACUAAAGGCAAUGAGGGUAGAAUUGGCUGCAGUCACUAGUAAACUCAACACGACUGAAGGCGAUCUAGUAACAGUGACCGGUAAAUUUAAUAGCACAAAGGAUGAGUUACAAAAUGUAACAGGCCGACUUAAUCGGACAGAAGACGAUCUAGAAACAAUGACCAGGCAAUUAAACAGCACAAAAGAUGAGUUACAAAAUGUAACAGGCCGACUUAAUCGGACAGAAGAUGAUCUAGAAACAAUGACCAGGCAAUUAAACAGCACAAAAGAUGAGUUACAAAAUGUAACAGGCCGACUUAAUCGGACAGAAGAUGAG